GAUAUUGAGUCAGAAGAGAGUGAAUCGUUUACUUCAUUAGCAACUACCAUAUCCAAAAAAAAAAAGCGAAUACCUAAACUUAAUGAUCUUGAUGCAGAUGAGCUACGCAUUGCUGAAACGAUAACCCUGUUACGUAAAAAGUAUCAUUGUACACCACACGAUCGACCAUGUUAUAUUCAAAAUUAUCAUUAUCUCAGAUUGACACUAUUGCAUCUUCGACUUUGGGCUUAUGAAAUUUUGCAUGAAGGAUCAAUAGAAAAUCCACCAACGCUAUCACUAUUUGGCAUGAGCUCCAGUAAAAAACUACAUAUACCACCGCAGCCUACUCAACAGCCAUAUCUAUCUCUACAACCCCAGUACUAUGCAUAUAUCCCACCUUAUCCCUCUCUUCCACCAUUAUCUCCGCAAUCUCACUCAGCUGUUUCAUCGCCUCUAAAGAAAGUACCAUCAAUGAAAAAGUUUCUGAAUGAACUUGAUGAAACAUAUGGAGAAGGCACUUACACACACUUUGAAACUUCUUUCAUGGAACAGGAAAUGCUGGUUCAAUUCAUUUCUGAACUUACUGAUACUGAUUUCGAAAAAUUAGGUAUCGAGAAAAUCAGAUGGCAAAAAGUCUUGAGACGGGCUGCAUCAAAAUAUUGUCGUGGAUAA